CACUAGCGGCACGCAUCACAGUAACCCACGAGAAGCGUCAAAUGGCAGAUGCCCGAGCGCAAGGGACCGGUACUGUGAAAGCAAGCGUAACUUUUGGAAUUUUCCUCGCUCCCUGCCAGAUGUUCUGUCUUGUCAGCCUCGUCGCCACCCAAGCCAUCGCCGCCGGUGCCUUUGACACCCCCUUCAAAUCUCUCGACGAGAUUCUCCACCGUCCGAAGCUCGAAUACACCUGCGGUUUAGAGCUCCAUUAGAGGCAUGAUUUUGUGGAUAGUGAGAUAUUUGAGAUGAACUACCACACCUUUUGGGAAACAUGGCAUCGCCUAUGGCUGGUAUCUGGCAACCGAGUGCAUCAGCGACCAUAUUCCCUCCGAGUCGGUGCUGGUUCAAAACUCGACCGAGUCUUCACGCCGGCGUUACGGUCACAUUUCAUGGGCAACUCCGAGGGCAUCUUCCAAAAACUCUACCUUCCCGAACAACUCCGCAAAGAAGUAAUGCCGAUCAUAUUUGGCACAGAAGCGGCAGGGACACACGACGAGCUCUAUACAAUGUUACGGCACGCGACUUUGAAGAGGGACGAGAAUGCUCCGAUAUACCCGACUGUUGACGAGGUGAAGAACCUUGAAGAGCGUUCUAGUAUUCAGCAGCUGAAGCACGAGUACGAAGCAAUACGAGAAAAGCAAGGAUCGGACCAUAGGGAUUCGAAACGGGCUUCUAAUGCGUACUUAACCCAUAAAAGGGAACUCAUAACGCUUAUAGUCCAGGGAAAGCGAAAGAAGUACUUCGAGGAGACGGAUAGACGAAGGGCCCUUGGGCAAUCAACCAGCGACUUAUCCACGCCAACGGCAAACCUAUAUAAGCCGCUAACUCGGACCGCGGAUACCGACAAGGUCGCUAUACGUAUUGGCCACUUCCUUCGCGAGAAAGAUCUAGGAGGACACCGGCGGGCCCGGGUCUUUUCACAGCUACUUCUUGCGUACCUGGGAAACCGGAGCACUGAGGUGGAGACCAUCAUGAACUCGUUGGAGAAUAAUAAGACGCAGGACGUCGCUAAACAAACCGAGGACUGGCAAUGCCUGUUCUGUCUGAAACAUUUUGCCUACCGCGGCGGCUUGACAAGGUACAACCAGGACCACCAUUUCAGUAAAAGUGCCUUCGACCGUCCCUUUCCGUGUGACGAGUGCGGCCGUCAGGGAAAGAUGCACGACGUAGAAGGGGCAGAGCAGUGGAGCAACCAUGUGGAGAAGUGCCACGGUAUUAAGUACACGCCGAAGCCGCCACGACACAGGAAGGAUGUCAGACCAACCAAGCGAAAGCCCACCAAAGAAAGGUCCGACCGUUGCUUCUUCUGUGAAAACAUGUUCUUUGAAGGAAGCAGCCACUCGCGACACUUCAACAAAGAUCAUGGGAGUAUCUUUCUGGAGCCCUUCGCAUGCUUCGAAUGUGGGAGACAAGGAUGUAUGGCUGUAAUCGAGAGCCGGGCAGCUUGGAUGGACCAUGCCGCGGAUGUGCAUAAACGCGAUGGACACACGAUGGCCAAGGUUCCCGAGCAGGCGGGAGUUCUGGGGAAGAGGAAGAGGGGGGUGGAGAAAGGAAGGCUCGCUAGCGCGGCGUCAGAGCAACAAGCAGACCAGGACCGGCAAAGGCAUUUGGGCAUCGCUCCAAUGGUGAUAGAUCCUCGGCUGUUAGGGACUUGGUAGUAGGGAGUUAGAAGAGGCUGUAUUGUUGAACUACUUGAUCUCUCCGUCAUACGUAACUUGUCUACCUUCAGCGUGAAUGCGAACAGCAGACCGACGAAAUCUCAGAGACCCGCAUCGAGAAUCCAUCCCCCUUUCACUAUCCCUGAGAGAUGAAGGGCUCAGCCGGGUAGGCGGGGUAAGUAGGGUAAAGGGGCCCCGGACUUCAUGAUGGCGAAGACUCUACUGGUAUGUCCCUGCAAAUACACAAUAGUUAUCUCAUUUGUCAUAUGUGAUUUCCAAUUUCUAUAGAGAAAUGAAUCCGUCCCAAAUCGA